AUGUCGAAGGCUACGGCGGACUGGGAAAGAGUAGGCGAUCGCUUCUACCGAAAGACGCAGCUAUACACAUCCGUCUUUGAUCCGGAGCUGGAACUUGAGAACCAUGUGCUAGUCGGCGCUCCAUUGAGCGGUGCUAUAGCCAUAUACCGCGAUGAGAACAAACUGUACGCCUACCGCAGCUCCAAUGCAGCACGACCGUCCAUCGACAUCUACACUUGCUCGGGCAAGCUGAUCCACCGCAUCAACUGGGACAAGGGCUCUAUCCACGGCUGCGGCUGGUCUGAGGAUGAAAGAUUGAUUGUCGUCACCAACGAUGGCACUGUCAGGAUAUACCACGACCUCAGCGGCGACUUCAUACCCUUCAGUCUAGGCCAUGGCGCCGACCAGCACGGGGUUGUCUCGUGUCGCUUCUGGUCCUCAGGCUUCGUCGCUCUCCUCGGAAACAACCAACUCGUCUCGGUCUCACGCUACGAUGAACCGCGUCCGACUCUCCUAGCCACGCCUCCGGAAGGUGAAAUCUUGUCCUGGGCCGUUAUCCCUCCAGCCUUUACCUUGUCACGCUCUGUCGAAGCCAUCUUGGCCAUUGACGACACUAUCGUCAUCAUUGAUGCCUCCGAAGCUCAGGAUCGCAAGCUUCAAAACGGUCCCUUCAAGCACAUCUCCGUCGCGCCGAACGCCAAGUUCAUCGCGCUGUACACACAGGACGGAAAAGUCUGGGUCAUCAGCAGUGACUUUGAGAACCGUUUGACUGAGUACGACUCGCGCGUCAAGACUCCUCCAAAGGAUCUGCAGUGGUGUGGCAACAAUGCUGUAGUUCUGGCUUGGGAGGACGAGGUACAUCUAGUUGGUCCGAACGGCGCUGCUUCAAAGCACUACUACGACUCUUGGGUUCAUCUAUCUCCAGAUAUUGACGGUCUCCGUAUCUUCACCAACGAUGUAUGCGAGUUCAUCCAGAAGGUGCCAGAGGUAUCCGAGGAGACUUUCAGACUGGGCUCCACAUCACCAGCCUCAGUUUUGCUUGAUGCAGCAGAACAACUCGACCGAAAAUCUCCCAAGGCCGACGAGAACAUUCAGCUCAUCAGACCGAACCUCGAUGAGGCUGUUGACACAUGCAUCAGUGCUGCUGGUCACGAGUUCAGUGUGCAUUGGCAGAAACAACUCUUGAAGGCUGCCUCAUUUGGCAAAUCAGUACUCGACCUUUAUAACAGCGACGAGUUCGUUGACAUGUGUGAGACGUUACGAGUUCUCAAUGCUGUCCGCUUCUUUGAGAUUGGCCUACCUCUCAGCUUCGACCAAUACACUCGUCUGACACCUGCAAAUUUGGUGCAGAGAUUGAUAAACCGCAAGGAAUACCUCCUAGCUAUCAAAAUCUCCGAGCACCUCGACCUUCCUCUUGACAAGAUCUAUGUACACUGGGCACGCCAAAAAGUGCGUAGCUCUACAGGUGACGAGGAAGACAUCUGCGCCGAAAUUGUCGAGAGAUUGCAAGGCAAGCGCGGCAUUUCGUUUGAAGAGAUCGCCCAAACGGCGUAUGAAGAAGGUCGCGGCAAACUCGCAACGGAGCUCCUUGAACAUGAGCCGCGAGCUGGCAAGCAAGUACCACUUUUGCUGAACGUAGAGGAGGACUCACUUGCUUUGGAUAAAGCCAUCGAAAGUGGAGACACUGACUUGGUAUAUCACGUACUGCUGCACCUAAAGAAAAAGCUGCCGCUCGCCACAUUUUUCCGCACGAUCAAUGGACGACCGGUCGCAACUGCCCUUGUUGAAGCCUCGGCUUGGGACCAAGAUCAAGAACUUCUCAAAGACUUGUUCUACCAAGAUGAUCGACGUCUCGACAGCUCCAACCUAUUACUGUCAGAUUCACUCAACAUCACAGACGCCAAUGCCCGAAACGACAAACUCAAAAUGGCUUCAAAGAUUCUUCAAGAGUCAAAAGACCAAUCACUACAAGUACGAGCCAUCGAGGAAGAGCAAAAGCUGCUCAAAUUCCAAGAUGCAUUCAAGAGAGAUCUUGAUGAAGACUUUAGCGGUCUCAGCAUCAAUGAGACGAUAUACAAGCUCAUCAGACUCGGCAAUGUCAAAAGAAGUCAGAAGGUGCAAUCUGAGUUCAAGGUUUCAGACAAGGUGUAUUGGUGGAUACGUCUGCGCGCACUCGUCUCUCGCCGUGACUGGCGCGAGCUCGAGGAUAUGUCAAAAUUGCGCAAGAGCCCUAUCGGCUGGGAGCCAUUCAUCAACGAAAUACUGUCUGCCGGCAACCCGAAGCUUGCAUCUUUGUACAUACCCAAGUGCACCAACUUGACAGUAGAAGAACGUGUCGAGCUGUGGACGAAAUGUGGUUUGAUUGCAAAGGCAGCCGAAGAAGCGGCAAAGGCUCGCAACCUGAGAUUACUCGAAUCGCUCCGUGAUAAGGCGACCGGUCAAGCAGCGACCGAGGUCGAGAGAUUGAUCCAGCAAGUAUCGAAGAAGUAGACGAGUUUAAUGCACAAUGUAGAUAUUCACCCCCCAAUGAGCGUUGUGAUUGAAAUUCAAUUCCCUGCCGGAGGCUUUUCAGAGAAGACGAAGCUCUCUUCUAGUGUAUUUACUCUGCAGAUACAUUGAAGUAUAUUGAGUGCAUGUAAGAUUUCAACAAUU